AUGAAUCUCGCGGAGGAACGCUAUUAUCAGGGAUCUGAAGAUUUUCUGGUGGAUUUGCCUGACGAGAAACUGACACGGUCUUCGAGCAGUACGAAUAUCUGGCAAUAUGUGACUGCACAAACUGCUCAUAUCUCCUGGUCAAUGCUUGCUUUCGACUAUGAAAGGGCUGAGCUCUUAUCGCAAUCCUGCAUUUCUCAACUGCUUGAGCAAAAACUGUCAGAUGAACACGGUCCAGCUAUUAUGCUGCUGUUAGCAACCUUCUACUCAAUCAUAGGUCGUACGCAGUGGUACCAGGAUCAUUUUGUCGAAGCGCGCUCGAGCUAUGCGAGAAGCUUGGAGCUUCACCAGCAGUGCUUGAGCCUCUACGGACAUGGAUGUCUGGACAUCUCUGAGGUGUAUCGUUUCUCAGUCCUGCUUGAAUACCUUGAUUCAAUUCUACUUCCAAAUUCUUCCAGUCCUGGUACGGACCAUGCAAGAUUCAGGCAACGACUUGAGGAUGAGCUUGACUUGACGCUGCAAACUCAAAGCGAUAGUCCUCUGCUCCGCAGCACAGACCGAGGCAGUGUCUUCAACAAAUUUAAAGCUUCUCAUCUCGACAAUUUGGUCGCUGCAGGUGGACAUGGUCCUGGAGCAGUUUUCAAGAAAUUCGAGCAUACCAUCAUCCUGGACGGAGCCAAUAGGCGAGCUUCCCAUGAGAAGCAGAGAUCAGAACAACCGAUCCAUGGACGGCGAGCAGACUCUGGCGAUUCGGCCCAAGCCAGCCAAUAA